CGCGGCGGGCGGGGCCGGGGCGGGGACAGCCCUGCGCCCCUCUCCGCUCCGCGUCGCUCCGCUCCAUGCGCGGCGGCUGCCUGCAGGUGCCGGGGCGGCGCGAUGUCGGAGGCGGCGGUGAGCGCGGCGGCCGUGCUGGGCUUCCUGCGGGAGCGCGGCGGGCGGGUGCGCAACGCGGAGCUGCUGAGCCGCUUCAGGCCGCUGCUGGAGGCGGCGGCGGAGCCGGCGGAGCGGGCGGCGCGGCGGGAGCGCUUCAAGGCGGCCGUCAACGCCGUGGCCGUGGUGAAGGAGCGCGACGGCGCCAGGUUCGUGGUGCUGCGCAAGGCGCUGCGCGGGGGCACCGCGCCGGGGGAUGGCGGCGGCGGCGGCGGGGGGGGGCGGCUCUCGCCCGCCCCCCCGGAGGAGCUGCCCUCGCCGGGCGCCGUGUCCGAGCUGCGCGGCCGCUUCCAGGGCGAGGGCGGCGAGGCGCCGCUGCCCCCCGCCUGGCGCGACCCCCCGGCCCGCCGCGACCCCCCGGCCAAGCCCUGCAUGCUGCCCGUGCGCUGCCCCCCGCCGCCGGCCCCCGCCGCGCCGCCGCCCCGCUCGCCCCCGCCGCGGCGGGCACCCAAGGGGCAGCGGGCGGGCGAGGAGACGGCGGCGGUGCCGCUGGAGGAGGCCGAGCACCGGUGGCUGGUGAAGGCCGCGGGCGGGCGGUGGUCGCCGGAGCUGCACGGGCUGCUGCUGAGCGACGCCGGGCUGGCGGCCCGCCGCGACUUCAUGUCGGGCUUCACCGCCCUGCACUGGGCCGCCAAGUGCGGCAACUGCGACAUGGCCGGGAAGAUCAUCGAGGUGGCGGCCAAGGCCGGCGGCCACGUCAACGUCGACGCCAAGUCCUACGGCGGCUACACGGCGCUGCACGUGGCCGCCAUGCACGGCCGCGAGGAGAUCAUCACCAUGCUGGUGCGCAGCUACAACGCCAAGACCGACCUGAGGGACUACAGCGGCAAGAAGCCGCACCAGUACCUGAAGGACGGGGCCUCCUUCGCCGUGCGGCACCUCCUGGGCGACCCCGACCUGCACAGCGCCGCCGGACCCUCCCUGCCCAUCCGGAAAAACACCAAGAUCGCGGCCUCCAUCCUGAGCUCCACCAGCACUUUCCUGGGCGUCAUAUCGGACGACAUGGCUUUCUACGACCUCACCAAGGGCCUGAGGAAGCCGUCCUCCUUGAACAAGCUCCUGGCUGCCUCCACGGGCCCGAGGAAGAAGCCCAAGACCAGGGGGAGCUUCCCCUCCUACUCGUCGCUCUGCGAGGCGGUAGAGGAGGAGCAGGAGGAGCUGGCGGUCAGGCGCAGGCCCGUGUCCGAGCUCUUCUUCGGCCACUAGCCUCGGCCUCGGCGAAAGUUGAGGUUUCCCUGGAAGCGCUUGGAUUUCUUCUGUCUGUCUCUCUUUUUGCAGAUGUUUAGCUAGAUCGGUGACCGGGUCCGGCUCCCAAGGCCCCCGGCUGAAACCUGCUUGCAGAAGCCUGUGGGGAGGGAGCCCAGAGACCACGACGUGCUCUAAUAAAUGCUCUAUCGCCCUCGCGUUAACGGGGAGCACAAACUUUAGACCCAACGGCUGGGAAAGCAGAACCACCUCUGUGCGCGGACAGGUUAAAAUGCGCAAGGUGCAGCCGCCCUCAGCCGUGCUCCUCAGCCGAAAAGCAGAAGUAGGGUAAAGAGUUGCAUGUUUUACACUGUGAACAGCAAGUUUCUAGCCAGGUACUUUAAAAUGGCUUUUUAUAGAGCAAGCUUAAGUUACUAGAGGAGAGUUGCAUAGUUUUCUAUGAUGUUUCUGCUUAUUUUGGUAACAGAAGAGGAAUAUUUCUAUUAAAAAUGUAUGUAGUAUUUAACUUUCUCAAAACAAAGUUUCUCACUGUUGGAAAUACCAGCAUGGCUAUGCUGAAUGCUGCCUGAAGCAUUUGGUUAGAUGAAGAGUUUAAAAAACCCCUCUCAUGGCUCGAAGCGCCCUGGCCCGUCUACCUCAGCCGGAAAGCUGGCUCAGCCUCAGCCUGUCGUUGGGUGGGUUUCUCCGUUUUUGUUUCCUUUCUCCUCCUCGAAAGACUCUUUGACCAGGUGGUACUAACCGCACGUCUUACCGAUGCUGUGAACUUCUUGUAAACUUGACAAUAGUUCGGUCACUUAACUAGAACUGAACAAAAACGUGGUGUUUGAUACUGGAAACCUGAAGUGAGAAUCCUUCAGAGCACAAAUAUCAGAAUACCCAACUGGAGGAAAAGUCAGGCUUAUAUGUCUGACUGGUUUUUGUUUUUCCUUCUGCUUUUCUUAUAAACCUUAAGCUUUGAUUUUGGCCUCUUUACAAUAGGUGUUUAUAAAAGUUGGGCUCCGGGUGAGGUGUUUUGUAGCAGAGCGUCUGCAUGACUUCCUAAAACAACGUGGAUCCCAACAGCGUGGAUCACUGACCUGAAACUUGCAUUUCUGCUUCUUUUCUCUUAUAUAACAUAGCUGUUUUAUGGAUGAAACUACACGUAGCUCCAAAAAGCAUGCAAGUUUGAGAUUAAGUGAAACAUUUCCAAUGAGAUUUUUUUUAAUUACUGUUUGGUUAAAAUUAAUGUGAACUGUAGCGGUAAGGAAAGAAGCUGUCUGACUCCUGUAAGCAGCCUGCUGAACUGUUGCAUCUUCUCUCAAGAAAUGCGUAAAAACUGUACGGGUCAGAGGUGAUGAAGGCGACGGUGACCCUGCGUUUGCUCUGCUGCUUCGGUCCCCAUCGGGUGUUCAGGUUCCUGUCCUGAACACGUGCUUGCACGCUCGCUGCUCUUUCCAAGCCAGUGACUUCAGGAAUGUGUUUUUUUCAGCCCGAAUUAAGCCUGGUACUUCCUUGUUUUGUCUGUAACCGGCUGCUCCGCAAUGCUCCGCGGCACCGCGGCGCGUCCCGGCCCUCCCCGGGCGGCUCCUGCAAGGUCCUCGGUGACGUCCCCGAGGAGCUCCGCUUCCACCCACGCGCGAUCCUUGGCCCCGGGAGGGGCCUGAGGACAGCGGUUGUUCUGCAUCUCUCCGCUUCCGUAUUGAACUAAUGCAGUUGUCAGGCAGAGGUUAAUGAUCAAGGACCUCAUGAUUUCUAUAGCAGGAGGAGAAAAAAAAAUCCCAUUUGCUGCUUAGCUGUUGGUGGGACCAUUGAUCAGUCUGGUCACUUCAAACCUCGAUUUGUGUUGCACUGUAUCGGCUCCGAGUUCCAGAAAAAAUAUCUGUUGCUCUGUUUUAAAAAAUGUUUUCAACUCUAGCUGCUAUUAAACACUUUUUGGCUCUAGCUGCUGAAACCAAACAGGCACGUGUGCACCGUUAAAGCUUUGUUUCUGCAGGAACCGGGAAUCUCUGGUUUGACUCAGUCUCAGUUUGAGGUUUGUUCUUUAGUUAUGGAUAAACGCUGAAUACCUAUUCAAAUAAUACAGCUGGAUUUCUUUUUU